AUGGUGACAGCGAGCGAGAGUCGAAGGGGUUUACAAAGUGUGGCAACGAGUAGUGCUGUACAAGCAGAGAACAUGCGUAUAAUAUUUAGAGAGAAGCAGCUCAUAGUGUGCGCACAGGCCCUAGAUGAGACCAUGGUGAAUGGGCCGGACUAUGACAUUGUGGGCGCUCUUAAGGAAACGUGUACACCCACUGCGGUGGUGGGUGAGAAUGCGGGCGAUGCAGAAAUGCCUGAGACAUCUCAGCCGCAGAAUGAUGGCAAUCCAUAUACGUAUAUGAAUGCCAAAUUUAGUAGAAAGGAUUGUUACACCGAUUUACAGGACCACCUUACGAAAGUUGAAGUCCGCAAUGCUGAAUUUUUGGCUGAAGUAAAGAUUGCCAGAGAGACGAUGCAAGACUUAGAGAAACGCCGAGCCAGGAAUAUUUAG